AUGGCACCAAAGAAGAACCUCGUAUUCCUCUACGGAGAGUGGAUGCACCCGGGCACCAUAUACCUCCUCAUCCACGGCACCGCAACCCCACACAAGACCAUCACGUCGCGUUACUACUUCCAGCAAGCCACCUUCUGCGAGAACCCGCGCGAGCCUCGCGGCUCGAGACAGCGGGGGGCCAGCAUGGAAGGUGUCUGCGUCAAGGGCCUCACGGACGCCGAGCUCGCAAAGCUGGACACCUGGCUCCAGAACCUCAGAUGCGUCCGGCGCGUCGUCACGGUUGAGCACAUCUGCCGCCACGGCUUCCUCAACCGGAACGACGCAUUCAUAUGGGUCACGGCGGAGCCCUCCCUGACGUGGAGCCCGGUUCCCAACGCGAGACGGCACGACGGGAAUAAUAACAACAACAAUGGCAUCAAUGGCAUCAACGGCAUAAACAACAGCAGCAGCAUCAACAGCAUCAACGGCAGCAAUAGCAGCAACAACAACCACAACAACCACAACAAUAGCAUUAGUAGUAGCAGCAGCAGAAAUAACAACGGCAGAGGCAGCGUCAGCAGCAUCAACAGCAACCCAAUGGCACAUCAACCCAACUCGAGAGCCCUUGCCCAGACGCCCUUCAUGGGGGCCGACAUGGGCAGCGCAAGCUUUGACGGAGCUGCUGACGCUGCCCGACAAUAG